UGCUUAUUCAUCACCUGUAGAAAAUUGACACCCAAUUCAGACGACCCCAGGGUGCUUCAGUUUGCAUUUUAGCACAAGUGGAUCAAUUAUCUUAAUUUCCCAGUUGGCAGUUUCAAUAGCAUUUAUGGUAAUUAACGCGAGAACACUGUGCAGUUAUUACCCAUGUGCUCUGAUACCACUGGAGGCGGUAACACCGUGGUCCCUCUCAGGCUGAAUAGACCAACUGUUUUCCUUUGCACAGUUUCAUAAGUGCUGCAGCCCCAAACGCACUCUGCUACAACGCGCCCCAUGGAAGAGUCACCGGAACUUUCCGCUUGUUAACCCCCGCUAAACAGCUCACCCCUGCGUUAACGGAGCGAUCAGCUGACCAUGGCGCGGACUUUGGGGCUGUUUGUGAGUUGUUUGUUGUUUAUUCUCUCCUCCGGCGCGGAAGGGAAGCGCAGCAGGGAGAGAGUUUACUAUGUGGGGAUCAUUGAGGACUCUUGGAACUACGCACCAAGUGGAAAAAACCUGCUUAACGGACAAGACGUCGAAAAUGAUGAACAUGCAUCCGUGUUUCUGGAAAGAGGAGAACACCGUAUUGGGAGUGUUUAUAAGAAGGCAAUGUACCGACAGUACACAGAUGCUACGUACAGCCGAACGGCCCCCCGGCCUGCCUGGUUGGGCUUCCUGGGGCCCAUACUGCGAGCUGAGGUCGAUGAUGUUAUCGUGGUCCAUCUGAAGAACUUUGCCACCAGGAGCUACUCCAUGCAUCCUCAUGGAGUUUUCUAUGAGAAGAAUGCAGAGGGGGCGCUCUAUCCAGAUGGGACAUCAAACAAGCUGAAGGAGGAUGACUCCGUCCCCCCGGGAGGCAGCUACACCUACCGCUGGGAGGUCAGACCAGAAUUUGCCCCCACAGAUGAGGAUGCCAACUGCCUGACCUGGGUCUACCACUCUCACUUAGACGCCCCCAGAGACAUCGCCUCUGGUCUUAUCGGGGCUCUGCUCACCUGCAAGAAAGGAAUCUUGAAGGAAUUGAGCAAUCCAGGCCAGGGUCAAACAAAGCCAGACUCUGUCGUAGAGUCAGCCCGAAAUGAUGUGGACCAGGACGUGUUCCUAAUGUUCAACGUGGUGGACGAAAACCUGAGUUGGUACCUGGAUGACAACAUUGAGCUCUGCUUUGAUCCAAACGGAGUCGAUGAAGAUGCAGACUUUCAGGAGUCGAACCUGAUGCACGCUAUUAAUGGCUACAUGUUUGGUAACCUGCCCGGAAUCGAGUUAUGCCAGGACCGUGCGGUAGCCUGGCAUUUGUUUGGCAUGGGCAACGAGGUGGACAUUCAUUCUGCCUUUUUCCACGGGAAUACACUGCUGGAUCGCGGCCACCGCACCGACGUCCUCAGCCUGUUCCCGGCAACGUUCGCUACAGCUGAGAUGGUCCCGAAAGCCACGGGAAAGUGGUUGCUGACCUGCCAGGUUAAUGACCACUUGCAGGCUGGGAUGCAGGCCUUUUAUCAAGUGAAGUCAUGUGGCAGUAAGGCGAGCCCUACAGUGAUGAGCGGCGUUGUGAGGAAUUACUACCUGGCAGCGAAAAGAAUCUUUUGGGACUACGGCCCCUCAGGAAUGGAUCUGAUCAAUAAUGUGUCCCUCACUGAGGCCGACAGUGCAGCAGAGAUAUUUUUUGGCAAAGAUGGCGGAAGGAUCGGCGGUAAAUAUGUGAAAGUGAUAUUCGAAGAAUACACAGACGAUACCUUCACCAUCACAAAGCCACUGACCCCAGAUUCUCAACACUUAGGAAUCUUCGGUCCAGUCCUGAGGGCAGAAGAAGGCGACACUCUAAGAGUCACAUUCAUGAAUAAAGCUGAUAGAAACUACAGCAUCCAGCCUCAUGGCCUGCACUACGAUAAACACUACCAGGGAAGCAGCUAUGAAGACGGUGUUGACAAGCCGGGCUCUCACGUUGGUCCAGGGGAGAGCUUCACCUACAUCUGGAAGGUGCUAGAAGGUCCAUCUUCAUCUGAUUCUCCCUGCAUCCCCUACCUGUACUACUCUGCCACUGACCCCGCCAAGGACACCAACUCUGGAUUAGUGGGACCUCUGCUUGUGUGCAAGAAGGGAACGCUGGGGGAGAAUGGAACCCAGAAGGGUCUGGAUAAGGAGUUCUUCCUUCUGUUUUCUGUCCUGGAUGAAAACAUGAGCUGGUAUUUUGAGGAGAAUAUUGAGAUGUUUGGCAGCAACGAGACAAAUACAGAGGACGAGGACUUUGAGGAGAGCAACUUGAUGCAUGCUGUAAACGGACGCAUGUAUGGGAACCUUCAGGGACUGGAGAUGUGUGCCGGGGACAGAGUUGUGUGGUACACCUUUGGCUUGGGUACAGAGGUGGACAUCCAUGGUGUUUAUUUCGAGGGGAACACCUUCAAGAAGCAGAGCACAACACGUGACACGAUCAGCCUGUUCCCUCACAUCACUGCGUCUGCUAUCAUGCAGACACAGACUCCCGGUGUGUAUGAGGUGAGCUGCAGAGUGACAGACCACUUCUCAGCUGGCAUGAGGCAGCAGUACAAAGUGAACGUGUGCCCACGACACAAACUGAAGCUCUCACACACAGUACAUCCCACCAAGAUUGUGCAGUACUUUAUUAGUGCUGAAGAAAUUGAGUGGGACUUCUCACCUAAGAGAGACUGGGAGCUGGCGUUACACCACGCCACACCAGAGAACAGUCCAGGCAGUAUAUUUGUGGCAAAAGGGAAAAACAGAAUCGGCUCACGCUACAAGAAGGUGGUUUACAGGGAAUACACUGACGACACCUUCAGAGUUCAGAAGAAACGGCAGCCCAACCAACAGCACUUGGGAAUAAUGGGUCCAAUAAUCAAAGCAGAGGUAGGAGAGCAGAUCGUGAUCACGUUCAAGAACAAAGCCAGCCGGCCGUACUCGAUAAGUGCACAUGGAGUGAGGGCCAGCGGCGCACACAUUCCUGUCGAGCCUGGCCACAUUAUCGAGCUGACGUGGGAUGUUCCUCAAAGUUCUGGUCCAGGGGUCUCAGAUCCUAACUGCAUCUCGUACGCCUACUACUCCAGUGUUGACUUCAUUAAGGAUCUGUACAGUGGUCUUCUGGGGCCUCUGGUGAUAUGCAGGCCCGGGACUCUGCAGCGCGGCAAGGGGCCCGACAGACAGAGGGGUGAUGUGGAGAAAGAGUUUGCUCUGCUCUUUAUGGUGCAUGAUGAAAACCAGUCCUGGUACUUGGACGACAACAUCAGAACAUACCUUAACGAAGACCCGGAGACCUUCGUGCAAGACGAAGACUUUGAGGAGAGCAACAUGAUGCACGGGAUCAAUGGUAGACUGUACGGUAACCUGCAUGGACUGGUGAUGACGCAGGGCCAGAAAGUGGACUGGUACCUCCUGGGAAUGGGCAACGAAGUGGACAUGCACACUGUUCACUUCCACGCUGAGACUUUCACCUACAAGACGGACCGUGUGCACCGUGCAGACGUCUUUGAUCUCUUCCCCGGGACUUUCCAGACUGUGGAGAUGGUUGCUGGAAACCCAGGAACUUGGUUGCUCCACUGUCAUGUGACUGACCACAUCCACGCUGGCAUGGAGACCACUUUCACCAUCGAAGUUCCAAAAAUCUCCCCACCUGCUGCAGCAGCAGGAACUGAAGGCUCCAUGAAGACGCUGCUGCUCUCUCUGGCUCUGUGUCUCCUGGCUGUAGGUGGACUCUGACACUGGGCGCUAUGCCUGUUAGCACAACUGUGGUCAUUAAUGCACUUAACAAAAAUUCAGGGAACGAAAUCACUGUUGCAUUUGUGUUUUGAGGUCAUGUAUGUAAAUAUUGAACAAUAAAUCUGACCGGUCGAUAUAUAUUAAGGGCUGCUUAAUCAUGUAUAAAGUUUAUUUUAUUUCUUAGGACUGAAAAAAGCUUUUUUUUUUUAUUUGCAAUUGUUUAUAUGUUGCCGUUUCCUGUCAUGUUUGCACUGUGUUUGAUGUUAGAUUUAUAGAAAUUGCUGUACCAAAAAUCUGAUUCAAGUUCUGAAUGUACAAUAAAGACAUUUAUUCAGCUUA